CAUCCAUGUUGGUCCCUUCCUCAAUAGAUGUGAACGUGAUUUUCAGCCCUUAUUGAGUCGGAAUGGCCCCCUAGUUUAACAUUACGGUAUUAUUGGGAAAAAGUCGCUCACUUGAGUUGUUUACUCCCUCUCUGAUUUGUUCGUGGACGUGUAAAGAAAGGCUCAGCUAUGACCCCCAAGCCCUUCAGCCCAGAAGAGAUCCAGAAGAUCCUGGGAUCUCUACAGAGGCCUGCCGUCUUCCUCAACAUUACCUGUGAUUGGCCAGUGCUCCUCUGGACUGUAGACCACCUGUCACGAUGCCUUGGAGGGAAGGCUGUCCGGUUCAGAAUGGGAAGGAGACAGCAUGAAAAGACACCUCUUUUUGAGACUCAAUGCUCAUAUGUGGAGGCCAAACUGGAGGAGUUUCAGUCCUGGACAGAGGGUCAGACUGGUGCAGAAGAUGUGGGGUGUUUCUCGAACUACCCCCUCUCUCUGUACUGGGCCUAUGCAGACUACAAAUACAUUGCACUGCUGCUUCAAGAAAAGCCCUCCAUGUUUGAGGACGUAGUGUGGUCUCAGUUUGGGUUCCCGGGUCGUAAUGGGAGAGACAGCACACUGUGGAUUGGUACCGAAGGUGCCAAUACCCCGUGCCACCUGGACUCCUAUGGGUAUAACCUGGUACUACAGGUACAAGGAAGGAAGCGUUGGCACCUGUUCCCCCCUGCAGACACGAGUUGUCUGUACCCCAGCAGGAUCCCCUAUGAGGAGUCUAGUGUGUUCAGCCAGGUGGAUGUGCUCCAACCAGACCUCCAGAGGUUCCCUGCUUUCAGACACGCCAGGGCCUACACAGUCACCCUACAGCCUGGACAGGUGCUGUUUGUCCCCAGACACUGGUGGCACUAUGUGGAGUCUGUUGACCCCAUCACCGUCAGUGUCAACUCCUGGAUUGAGUUGGAAGUUGACGAUGAGGCGAGAGUAGGCGAGGCCCUCACCAAAGCCAUCGUCUGUGCUCUGAAGACGACACCUAGUAACGACAAUGAUGAUGACUGGCUCAAUCCCACUGAGGAGGGGUUGGUGGGACAUGACGAGAACAUGCAGUACCUGAACCUGGCUGUGGGGGCCUGUAUGGAGAAGAGAGGGAUAACAAGUCACCGUGACCAACAGACCCAGGACACCCCAGCCUGUCCAAGGGCAAAACGUGACUCCAGGGGCCAAGCUAAGAACACAAACUCUUCAUCACCACCAGCAGAGUGCCUUUCCUCCUCUUCCACACCAUCCACCAUGCCCUUCGGGCCUCACCUCAUCCCCGUGGCCUGGAACCAGAUCACCAACCAGGAAACUCCAGAGCAGAACCCCAAAAACCAAGACAGACCGUCACCAUCCAGAGACUGUGACAUAAUCAGGUCUAGCAGCAUAACCCAAAACACCCCUCCCAGACCUGUCAGUGGAAGUAGAGCCCAGCACCAGCAUGGAGGGGAAGGCAUGUCCAGCCCCAGUUCAGCCUCAGACCCCCUAGUGUUACCACGGCCAGGGUCCAGAGAUGGAGAAAGGCCACCACCUGGGGACAGAGACCAGGGCAAGGGUGACAGAGCACACUGCCCCGUCUCCAUCACCACCAACGACCUACUGCAGUGCCUGGUUCACCCUGAGGUCAUUGCUAGAGUCUCUGAGCUACUGAUGGAGAGAGUCCAGUCAGGGACAACACCAUAGCUUCAUAAUUUACAUUCCAACGUUCAUACUAGUAUGCUACUGAGAUAGAAUGAAGCAAUGUAUUUUGGGAUUCUAAGUGCUAAGCUAGUAUGGAUAUUGAAACAGAACCUAACAAGUAGAUUGUACAUAACUUCCCUCAAUUGUUAAAAAUGGGGAAAGGAGUCAUCAUCAGUAAGUCUAUAGAGUUUAACUGGGUUCAAUUGACUUUAACAGCUUAGGUUAAGUCAAGGUGGAGUAUAUCAUGGUAUUAAUACCUCUGACACGGGCUCUUAUUUCCCCUAAUACUGCUGGGAGUCUCUGGCUGCGUCCCAAAUGGCAUCCUAUUCCCUAUAUAGUGCACUACUAUUGACCAGAACGGCUUGAUGAUUAGGCGAGAGUAAAAUGGUCCUGGUCAAAAGUAGUGCACUAUAUAGGGAAUAGGGUGCCAUUUGGGACGCAAGCCUCUGUGGAGAUAACAGUGAUUCAGAAACCACUGAAUGAACGGCCAUGCUCUGCAGUGCCCACAUGGCAAAUCCUGCCUGGCUGAUAGUUAUUCCAAAGUGUCAGAGAAGGGAGAACGGAAAGACGUUUCACACUUUUCUAGAUUUUCUUACCCUUCUGCUCCUUCUUUUUCUACCCCAUCUACACUGAGUGUACAACACGUUAUGAACACCUGCUCUUUCCAUGACAUAGACUGACCAGGUGAAUCCAGGUGAAAGCUAUGAUCCCUUAUUGAUGUCACCUGUUCUUGACACUGGUUUGUGUCAAGAACUGCAAUGCUGCUGAGUUAACGCUGAACGGUUUCCCGUGUGCAUCAAGAAUGGUCCAACCACCCAAAGGACAUCCAGCCAACUUGAAACAACGGUGGGAAGCAUUGGAGUCAACAUGAGCCAGCGUCCCUGUGGAAUGUUUUGGACACCUUGUAGAGUCCAUGCCCAGACGAAUUGAGUCUGUGCUAAGGGCAAAAGAAGUUGCAACUCAAUUUUAGGAUGGUGUUCCUAAUGUUUUAUACACUCAGUGUAUAUGGUUUACUGUAGUAUGUUAUAGUCUUGGCGACUCCAUGAGGUCAAAUCCAAGUCAAGAGCAUUUCUUCCAUUCUUACCAUGUUUGUAAAUUAAACUUUGUAUCAUUCUUGUAAUAAUAACAGUGAUAGCUAGUAUUUCUCAGAUGUCGGCUACAUUUUCUGCCUUCCAUUCCCCAGCUGGUAGGUUAUGUUUACGUCCCAAAUGGCACCUUAUUAUAUAUAUAGUGCACUGCUUUUGAGUGUUUUUUGGUAUUUUAUUGGGAUCCCCUUUUAGCUGCUGCCAACCUGGAGCUUCCAGGGGCUACUCUUCCUCUUUAGACCAGGGCUCUGCCUUCCAUUCCCCAGCUGGUACAUUCUGUUUGCAUCCAGGGGCUACUCUUCCUCCUUAGACCAGGGCUCUGCCUUCCAUUCCCCAGCUGGUACAUUCUGUUUGCAUCCAGGGGCUACUCUUCCUCUUUAGACCAGGGCUCUGCCUUCCAUUCCCCAGCUGGUACAUUCUGUUUGCAUCCAGGGGCUACUCUUCCUCUUUAGACCAGGGCUCUGCCUUCCAUUCCCCAGCUGGUACAUUCUGUUUGCAUCCAGGGGCUACUCUUCCUCUUUAGACCAGGGCUCUGCCUUCCAUUCCCCAGCUGGUACAUUCUGUUUGCAUCCAGGGGCUACUCUUCCUCUUUAGACCAGGGCUCUGCCUUCCAUUCCCCAGCUGGUACAUUCUGUUUGCAUCCAGGGGCUACUCUUCCUCUUUAGACCAGGGCUCUGCCUUCCAUUCCCCAGCUGGUACAUUCUGUUUGCAUCCAGGGGCUACUCUUCCUCCUUAGACCAGGGCUCUGCCUUCCAUUCCCCAGCUGGUACAUUCUGUUUGCAUCCAGGGGCUACUCUUCCUCUUUAGACCAGGGCUCUGCCUUCCAUUCCCCAGCUGGUACAUUCUGUUUGCGUCCAGGGGCUCUGGUCUGAAGUGGAAGGACUAUAUAGGGAAUAGGGUGCCAGUUGGGGUGAAGAUGUUAGAAAGGCAGCCUGUUAUGGUAUUGUGAUUAAUGAAUGCUGUCUAAGGAGUGAUGAUGUGUUAUGUCCCAGUUACCAGGAAGUGAUGUGUUAUUUUUCUGUCUCUCUAUAGUCCUGGGUCUGUGACAAGGGAAGGAAACCAAAUCUCUGAAUGAAUAAAGACUAGAAACAUGUAAGCGCCACCAACAAUCAGGUAGUCCUGCAAAAACGUAAGAGUAGCAAGAUUUCAGAAACAGAAUUAUAUCAUAUUCAGAGAAAUUUACACAUUUUUAUUUAUGUACCACUAGAGUAAAAUGGUUCCCAGGAGUGUAACGUUUUAUGAAGGUCUAUCUAUCAAAUGAUUAGGACACACUAGACAUUUUUCCUUGACUCAUAGUUUGUCAUUUGAAUGAGGCUCUUUUAGUCAAGUAUUACUGGAGUUAAGUCUACUCCAGUAUUUGUCUCACGUAGCCCAGUCUAAAGAGCAGGGAUGGAAAUUAAUCUAGGCCACUAGUAAAAAUGGUUCUACUAGUAACAAAUCCUUAAGUUUCAUGCCUGCUAAGAAGGACCCUUUUCACAAUGUUCUGUAAUUGUUUUGUUUAUCAACUACAAUAGUCUGUUGUUUUCAUCUUUGAACAUCAUUGUAAACAGGGGACUUCAGAUCAUUCUAUUAUGUUCAGUAACAUUUUAUAAAUUCACAAAAAUAAAAUACAGCGUUUGAACAAUG